CGUGGCAUAGGGUAAGUGGAGGUUAAAAAAGAAAAACCAAGAAAACCGCUGUUGUCUGUAAAGAGAAGCCGCUAAAAAAACAUUACAGGCUUUGACUGUUCACAAACAAAGCGCCCCAAAAGGAGCGUCGCUUUUACUCUCUCUUCAUCUAUAUAUAAACAAUACACACCUUCCUCCUCCUUCCAUCUUCAAUUAUCUCACACCAUCCUCUCCGUUUAUUACGUAAUGGCCAAGUUGUGUCUGAAACCCACCCCGGCUACUCCUAACCCGACCCGCAAUAAUGCAAAGGAGAUUCGUUAUAGAGGCGUGAGGAAGCGUCCUUGGGGCCGUUACGCCGCCGAGAUCAGAGAUCCGGGUAAGAAGACCCGCGUCUGGCUCGGUACCUUCGAUACCGCCGAGGAGGCGGCGCGUGCAUACGAUAAGGCGGCGCGUGAUUUUCGCGGUGUCAAAGCAAAGACUAAUUUCCCGAAUUUUCUUGAGCUGAAUGAGAAGGUAACCUCCGCCGGCGCCGGCGCCUUCGCGCGGAGCCCUAGCCAGAGCAGCACCGUCGACUACGCUUCACCUCCGGCAGCUGCUGGGAUUGUUCCACCGCAACUUCAGCUUAGUCUCGGCGGUGGCGGCGGCGCGUGUCACCAGAUCCCGGUGGCGCGUCCGGUAUACUUUUUGGACCUUAUGGGCGUCGGUAACGGAGGUCGUGGUCAGCUUCCGGUGUCUUCGGCGUUUAGGUCGCCGGUGAUGCAUGUAUCUAGGAAGAUGGCUUGUGGGGCCCAGAGCGACUCUGAUUCGUCAUCGGUCGUUGAUUUCGAAGGGGUGCUGGAGAAGAGAUCUCAGCCGUUAAAUCUAGAUCUUAACUUGCUCCCUCCGGCGGAACAGGCUUGAGCUUUUAGGCGAUGUCGUUUCAUUUGCGACGCGCGUGCGUUUUUUUUUUGCUUUGCAGCCGAGAGAAUAAUUUCACGUAGUUUUUUUCUCCUCACUCUAAAAUAAUUAUUAUCGGUUUUUAGAAGAAAAAAAUAUAUAAAUUGAGGGAGAAAAAAUAUAAUUUUAGCUGACAUAUAUCGUUAUGUACAUAACCGGAGAUCUGAACUUUUGUUGUGUGCUUUUUUGCGACCUGGUUUUCACCAUGUUGUUUCUUUGUAGCUUUUCUUUUUUGUUACUGUAUUUGUUUUUCCAAAUUUUCAGUUUAUUAAUUUGGUAAUCUUCAUAAUGUUCAUCAAAUUUCUAAGAUACUUAGAUAUAUCAUAUAAGUAUCACUGCUUGGAAGUUGUAACUACUAAGUACUAUGUAAUCAGUCAGCCGGCAUCUUUCGUUGGCCUUUUCUUUGUGUUGUUGAAUCAAAUAAUUUUGAAGGAAUACAAUAACGUAGGUUUCUUUUGAC